AUGGCUGAACUUAACUUGCGCUCAGCAUCACAAUCUUCGAUUCUCGGGAUCAAGGGCGAAGUGGAAGCUGGAAAUUAUGCACCGGACAUAGAUGAAAUUGAUCAUACGGUGAAAUUGCUUUCCACGCACUUUACUCGUUUCAUGGAUAACCAUAUGCUGUUGGUUGGCGCAGCCAAGCCCGAAGAGCUUGGUGUCCACGACGCAUUGUUAGCAAAAAUGGAACUAACCUAUAGAGUGGUGUCCACUAAACUGCAACAGUUGCGAAUGGCUGCAAAAGAAGAUGUGGCUACAGUUCGCAGAAUGGCAGAAAUGAAGCUUGACCCCAUAAAGCUACCAAUUUUCGAUGGACAACAAGAGAACAGGCUUGUGGUCAAGGAUAUGUUCGAAUCCCUUGUUCACAACCGAGCAGAGUUCGACCCAACAUAUAAGCUUAGUCGUUUGCGCCAAUGCAUAAGGGCGGAUGCUGUAACCAUGGUAGCUGGCGUUUACACUGGGGGUUACGAGCAGCUUUGGGCAGAGCUAAAGCGCAGGUAUGACAAACCACGAUGCUCAGUUGAAGCACACAUAAAUAGACUACUGGAUCUUCCAGAACAUCCAAGUGAGUCACAACGUGGAAUACGCGAUGUUAUAGAUGUGGUGCGUAGUACAUUGCGUACCUUAAAUGUAAUGGGCCUACCUACGGAUCAGUGGGAUGCCAUUAUGUACCCCAUCAUUCUUCGGAAGCUGCCGUCCGCUACAGUUGCGCACUGGACGAUUAAAAGCCACUCAGAUAAGCUACCUGAGCUUCAAGGCAUGUUAGAAGAGGUCGAAACUUACGAGGACACCCUCCUCUCACAUGGUGACAGCGUCAGUUACCAAUGCAGCGGUGCGUCCGGUGCUCAUCUGUCCACAGUGUUCAGAGCCACAUUGCCUGAUGAAAUGUCAGCAGUUCCGCUCGGUGGCCGUGGAUCAGUGCCUGCAUCUGGCUCGACAAGGGUCACUGUGCUUUAA